GAUAUAGAAUGUUGGUUGGACAGUCGAUCGAUGACGUCAUCAGUUAGGGUCCUCGGGCGGAAUUUGCCUGAACUGUGUGUUAUCAUGACGCCCAACUUUUGGAUCCUCGUCGUCGCGCUUCUCAUCAACAUAACCGGGUUUUACUGCUGUCUUUAUUCGGAAGAAGACCCAGACAUACCAGUCAUUGCCAAAUAUUUCACCACCAAGGGGAGAUAUGAGGAAGUGAACCCACAUCUCCGAGACGACAUACUCUUCGUCAAUAGGUCCGCCCUGAAGCCUCCAUCUCCACAAUGCCGAGAGGCUCAUCUGACAGCCGUCAUCAGGCACGGCACCAGAUACCCUACGAUUAAAAACAUCCAGAAGAUGAGACGGCUGUACGGGCUGGUUGAGAGCCGAGCCUCUGGAGAAGAGAGCUGGCUGCGGGAAAUCCAGAGCCAGUGGACGAUGUGGUACACGGAUGACAUGGACGGCCGACUGGCCAUGAAAGGAGUGAGUGACCACAAGCACCUGGCCGUCAGGCUGUCCAAGCUCUUCCCCUCACUGCUGACUGAGGAGAAGCUGCGGGCUGGACAGGUGAACUUCAUGACGAGCUCCAAGCACAGAUGUGUCAACAGCACGUUGUCCUUCAUGGCGGGACUGACAGAACAGUGGGCGAUCAGAGAUGUGGAGUUUGAACACACACUGAAUGAUGCUCUGAUGAGAUUCUUUGACAAGUGCACCAGGUUUGUAGAGGAAAUUGACAAAAACGCCACAGCCUUAGCAGAGAUGCAACUGUUCAAGGAGGGACCAGAGAUGAGGAGGGUCCAGGAAAAAAUCGCAGACCGCCUUCGUGUCCCAUACCAGUCCAUCACAGAGGAAAUGGCAGAGGCUGCCUUUGAUUUGUGCGCGUAUGAGUUUGCCAUCAAGGCCGUGAACUCGCCUUGGUGUUGCCUCUUUGAUGAAGUUGAUGCUCUGGUUAUGGAGUAUUCAAAUGACCUGAAGCAGUUCUGGAAGAGAAGCUACGGCCAUGACAUCAACAGCAAGGCAAGUUGCAUAUUGUUCCACGAUGUGUUCAGCCGACUGGACAAGGCAGCAAACGAGAUCAAAUCUGGCCAGCAAGUGACUGAAGCUGUGACAAUCCAGAUAGGCCACGCAGAGACUCUACUGCCACUGCUUACCCUGCUGGGCUUCUUUAGGGACAGUGAAGCCCUGAAAUCAACAAACUUUGCCCAACAGGCCCAGCGUUCUUUCCGUACCAGCUACAUGAUGCCCUACGCUGCUAACCUGCUUUUGGUGUUGUACGACUGCGGAAAUGGUGACCUGAGACUGCAGGCACUCCUCAACGAGAAGCCUGUGGCGUUUCCUGGUUUGACUGACCUGACAUCCUCCAUGCCACGUUAUGAAGAUGUCAGAAGUCACUACAGAGAACUUCUCCGGGGCUGUGACUUUGAGACUGAGUGUCAGCUGUUCAACAAACCAGUGGACAGUUAGGCAGACCAUGUGGAAUUAUGUCAAUCCUGUGUUAUUUGCAAGUGCGAAUGUGGAUAUUGUAAAGGUUUUAACCUCCUGCUUUUAAUUCUUACCAUGUCCUCAAAAUAUCACUUCAAGUGCUAUGCAACAUGAAAGAGUUAAUUACCAAAUACUACCUUGUGAUUUUUUUUAGUAAUAGUAUUAUACACAUUAUACACAAUUUUAAUGGUUCUCAUGGCUUUAACAAGAGAUUCAAGUGUCAUAUCUACAGAUUUAUCAUUUUAAUGCUACACCUGCUCAUUUGCGUUGAAGCUCAUAGCAGAACACACGAUUACAGCAAUUAACCUCGGGACAUUUGCAAUUUAUAUUUUAUUUGGUUUUUAUUUGCAGUGGAGGUCUUUAUCUAAAAAUGAACUGAAUGAUGUUUCGAGGAAAGCCAAAAAAUUGACCUUUCCCUUUUACCCUACAGAAUUCCAGAGCUACCACACCAACAAGAAACACGUCAGUCCAUUUUAAUUGGUCUUUUGAUUCAGCAGUAUCACCUCACCAGUGUUUUUGCAGCUUUCAUUAUUUUUGCACGUUUUAUUGAUUGUAAAAUUAUGACCUGAAAUAUAUGUUUUUGCAGUGUA